UGUCGUCCGGUUUGAGGGGAAGGAUGGAAGAUGGCGGCGAUUGAUGGAAUGGGGCUGAGGUUGCGCGUUUAAAACGUCAAAAAGCAGUUUGUACUGUAUUUUAACGGUUGAUUUGAUGUCUUAGCAAGAGAUACCAGUAAAUGCAAGACGGAGGCGUUGAUCUGAAGCUGCAGAUUACCAGACUAAAGGGUUAUUCCUGUGUGGCGUUCCCUGUUGCUACCAUCCUCUGGGGCCCACUGUCUGACUUCUGCAUCACCAGUUUUCCUGGCCCAUGGACUUGACUCCAGCAUCAGGCUUCAAAAGGAGGCCUGCUGCCUCCUCUUCCCCAAGUGGAGUAAGAGAGAUUCCCAGGAGCCCUCCUCCCUGCUCGCCCUCCUUGUCGCUGUCAUCUCCUUCGUCUGAACCAUCCUCCCCCUUGUCUACAUCCUCCUCUGUCUGCGCCAACUCGUCAGUUCAUCAGAACCAUGUAAAAGGCCAGACCCAGGGGACAGAGGUGGCCACCGUGUCCUCCACUUCUGCCUCUUCAGCGACGCAGUCCCUCUCCACACCCACACCCUUCACCACCUCCUCGGAUUCCUUCCACACUUCAGUGCCGCCAAGUGGUGAUUGUGAAGAAGAGGGCAGGAAAAGGGAGAUGUAUGAUCCUUUCCAUCCAACUGAGGGAGUGAAGGGGGACGAGGGGGAAGGGGAGAAAUAUGACCCCUUUGACCCCACUGGUUCCCCAGCAUCAGACAGCGAUGAUGGGAGUGGCAAAGUGAGAGGGGUGAAGAGGACUGCUGAGAGAGGAGAGCAGGAGAAAGAGGAAGAACGUCCAGAUUCGACUGACACCUUGACUGAGCUGCCAAGCCCCCGUCCGGCCACCAAGCGCCCCCUGAGGAGGAGAGUGGACCGUAGCAGUACCAAAGCUGGAGAAAAGAGGGAGAGUGCUGACUCUGAUCACUCUGAGAUAGAGGAGGGGGAGAUAGUUGGGGCUGUUGACAGAGAUGGAAGCAAUAAGAGACCAGCUGGAGAGAUCCUAGCCCUGAAUUCUCCCAACGUCUCCUUCUUUGGUUCAAAGCCAGAGCGCAUCCUCCGGGUGCUGGACGGGGAUGGCUUUGUGUCAGUGUGCGCGGAGAGCAACUGGGAGACGGACAGGGAGCCUGAGGAUGAGCCUGUGGUAGGAGUGGAGGAUCUGAGAAGGAAGCUGGUCAGCAGGCGGAAGGAAAGGUAUCUCUCCUUUCCUGCUUCUUCCCCGCUCUCACCUGAGCUACCGCCUCCUCCCUCCCAUCCCCAAGCUUCAGCACCCUCUUCCCCCCUCACACCUCCUGCAGAGCAAGGCAGCAAGAACCGCAAGUCAUCCAAGAGUUCCAAGGACCGUGACCGACACAAAAGCAAGGACAGGAAGGCUGAGGAGAAGGAGGAGAAAAGAAAGAAGAGAAGAAAGGACAAAGAGGGAGGUCGGGAGAAGAGCAAAGAAGAGGAGCGAGGGCACAGGACCGGGAAGGAGAUUAAAGGAAUGAGGAGCAGCAGGAGCAGUAGCCGCAAGAGGAAGAAAAGACAUCACAGCAGCCCAGAGGCCUCCAGAUCCUGCCACACUAGACACUCCUUUUCAAGCCUAUCUGACGAAAGGCACAGAGAGAGGGAAAGAGAUAAAGAUAGAGACAGGGACAAAAUUAGAGACAGAGACAGAAUCAGAGACAGAGAGAGGGAUAGAGACAGAGGACGAGAGAGAGACAGGGAUGGGGAGAGAGAACAACAUCGCACCAGUAGCCAUAGAAGAGAUGAAAGAGAUCGAGAUUCCAGCUCUCGAAGGAGGGAGAGGGAAAGGAAGGGAAGACAACAUUCAAGCAGCAGAGAGCGGGGCUUGUCAAGUAGGUCCAAAAGAAGCGUGGAAAAGAGGGACGGUGAUGGAGACAGGCAGCGCGAGAGGGAACGGCGACGGGAAGGUCGUCCGGUUGUCCCUCCAUCUAUCCAAGACCUCAAUGGGUCUGACCUCUUUGCCAUCAAGCGAACCAUCACAGUCACCACUACCACAACCACCACCACGGUACCCGGCUCCCCAAGACUCACCCCGACCUCUCCCUGUCGGCCCACGCAGGACUCUGACAAGCCCCACAAGAGGAAGAAGAAGAGAAAAUGGCACUCAGGUGGAGAUGUGGAGGACCAGGGAAGUUGUCACAGCCAAUCACGGUCGCUCUCACCACCAAGAUAUCACAGCUACGAGUCAGACCACUAUUCAGAUAAAUUGGAGAUUGACGUGUUAUCUUUGGACGGUGAGGCUUUGGACUCAGACUACCCAUCUUUGGAGGAUACACCCCCUGCUGCCCUGCCUCCAGAACCACCUGUCCCCAGCCCUAAAACAAAAACCACCCCCAAGACUGGACGACAUCACCCGAAAAAGAAAUCUCGCACAUUAAAGAAAAUUGGCCAGUCCUCUUCCUCCUCCUCCUCUUCCAAUCGAACCAAAAGCAAAUGCCUCUCCUCACUGACGGUCACUUCAGGCUCUGCCUCCGUCUCAUCUGGCCUCCCCUCGGCAAAGCGUGCCAGGAAAAUGGGAAAGGACAAAGACCGGGAAAAGGGCAGCAGAAAGGAUUUGGGUCGCUCUGGCAAAUCCAAGAAGGAGAGCGGCAGCAGUCGGAAAGGCAAACUUCAGUCCAAAGUGUCUGUGCUGGUGCGGGAAGGCGUGAGCAGCACCACUGGGGCUUCAGUUGGCUCCGGAAAGCUGGGCAUGGACCUCCUAGGGCCAGGAGGUACAGGAGGAGGUGCUGGGGGCUCUGUGGUGGGUGGCUCUAUUGCUGUAGUUUUCUGCAGGGACAAUGAGAGCAGGUCUCCGUUCCUCAAACCGUGCUCAGAGCCGCUGUCACUGGGCAGCCGUGGUAAGGAUCUGAGUAGCAUGGGAAAGCGAAGCAGCCUGGCUGCACCGCCAUCCUCCUUAACCAGUCCCGCAGGACUGAAGUCCAAGAAAACAAAACCAAGCUCCAUCACAUCCACCUCCUCCUCCGCCUCCUCCCCCACCACAUCGUCUCUGGCAACCAAGCGCCGCCGUCGGCUGGCAAAGAAGACGAGGGAAAAAGGUGGAGCUGCAGGGUCGACGGCUGGAGACGGCAGCCAAACAAAAGCCACGUCUGAGGGCUGGGGUGGAGCCUCCUUAGAUGUUCAGUCAGCUGCGGGAGAUGGGAGCAAGUCAGUGAGUCCUCAUAGUGGCCAAGCUGGCCCUGCACCCUGUUCUUCUUCCUCCUCCUCUUCCUCUUCUUCCUCCUCCUCCACCAGUGUGCUCCCACCCUCCACCUCGCCACCCCACACGCCUCCGCCCUCUAUGGCUCCUUUGCGGGACACCCGGGAGUCUUCGCCCGACUCUCAGACAGUGGACAGCAGCUGUAAGACUCCAGACCCUUCUUUCCUAGCUGAGGACUGUCCAACUCAGACCAGCCCCACGCUUCCCGCGUCCAGUCCAUCCAGCCUGUCCCACGGAGCUGGUCUCGGCAACGCCUUGUCUACACCCACUGCCAAGCCGCCUCCACCAGAUGAUGCUCCCAAAUCUCUGGGCUCGCCUCCUUGCUCGUCUUCUUCAGCAGGCUGUGGGCUUACUUCCAUUUCUCUGCCUCUGUCUUCGUCAGACCCCUCCUCCUCUUCUGUGUCCUCCUCGUCUGCUAGUAAGCCUCCUCCCCCCCCACCAGCAGCGCCCACGCUCCCCUGGAGUCUGCAGACGGGGGUAGACUGUACCACUGGUGGAGUCCUAGCGCUGACUGCUCUGCUCUUCAAAAUGGAGGAGGCCAAUAUCGCCAGCAGAGCGAAAGCACAAGAGUUCAUUCAAGCAACCAGCCAGAUCCUCUCACAGGCCAAUCAGAGCCAGUCUCAGCAGCACGCUCCUCCCUCCUCAGCCUCCGCCUCCUCCUCCCAGAUCCCUCCCCCUCCCUCUCUCCCUCCGCCUCCUGGCCUGAGCCCAGCACAGUUCAUCCUCCACAGCUCCCUCCCAUUGGUUGGCUGCACCAAAACUCCACCCUCUCUCCUGCACCCCUCCAUAGGUGGUGGAUGUGCGCAGACCCCGCCCUCCAUCAUACCUGUGGGGCUGUCAGGAGUGACUGGGAGCUCUGGUGACACUGGAUGGGACAAUGACAGCAAAGACCCAGAUAAGUACCUGAAGAAGCUGCACACCCAGGAGCGGGCGGUGGAGGAGGUGAAGCUUGCCAUCAAACCUUACUAUCAACGCAAAGACAUCAACAAGGACGAAUACAAAGACAUCCUCAGGAAAGCUGUGCAUAAGAUCUGCCACAGCCGCACUGGGGAAAUCAACCCGGUCAAAGUCAGCAACCUGGUAAAGCUGUACGUCCAGCGCUACAAAUACUUCCGGAAACAUGGACGCAAAAUGGAUGAGGAAGAGAGGGACGACAGGGAGCCGGGAGUGCUGCAUUCCUCUGCCUGAUAGGAGACUCUUUUUUUUUUUUUUAUUUUUUUUAAUGUGCCCCCAUACCGCCUUCUGCUGGGCCAUCCACAGAUUUUUUUUUUUUUGUGUGUGUGUGUCUAAUAUUUUUCUUGUUUUCACAUCCCACCUUGUCUAUGCUUUUAUGUGAUCUUCUGGAAGUUUCUCCCGUUAUUUCUGUGAUCUCACUGUAAAUAUGUCUCACAUACAAAAUGUAUUAUGUAUACAAUGUUCAGGAAGUGGAUGCCUUCCUGCACAACUGUGUGAUCUAAUAUAGUCCAGUACACAAACCCUGCAAUAAAUACUACCUUUAUGAAGCUUAUAGUUUUUGAUGAAUGUGUCCAUUUAGCAGCUUCCCAAUGGUGGUGCUAAUUGCAGGGUUAUUUUUUCAAUAGCAUUGGAUUAGGUGUUCAUGUUCAUUUGUCUACCCCAUCCUCACGUGUAUCAUUAUCCAAGCUGAGCAACACCAAAAUGUGUUGUACAAUACUGUAAGAACACUACAUCACAUUUCCCCUCUGUCUGUGUCUUUGCAUACUGUAUGCAAGCUGCAGCUGUCAAUGAGCUGGACGGCUGAAUGAUGAUGGUUCAAAUACAUUGACACUUGACCUCUCAGUUCUCUGAUUCUGCUGUCUGUGUUUUGUGUGCAUGUGUUACUGAGGUUGAGAAAGUGGCUGAAUCUCUUUAUAAAAUGACUUGACCAACAAAAUAUAAAUGUUGCUUGAAAACCAGUA